AUGGCUGAGCUACCGGAUUUCUCAGUACCAGCUGGGCAGACCAUCACGGUCAAGCUCAUCAACACCGUCAAUUUCGGACCUGCACAACUAAAUAGAUUCAUGGCACCCCCUGUUCCGGGCAUGGAGACUCAUCCAAGCAAUCCAUCAUUCUCAUUUCUGCUUGAGCAUUCCUCAGGUCAAAAGCUCGUUUUCGAUUUAGGAAUCCGAAAGGACUAUAAGAAUUACGCACCCAAGAUUGCCCAAUACAUUCUCACGACAAAAUACACAAUUGAAGUCACUAAAAAUGUAAUUGAUAUUUUGGAAGAAAGCGGGAUUAAAGGUGAAGAGGUACAGGCAGUGAUCUGGAGCCAUUGGCAUUGGGAUCACAUCGGUGAUCCGUCAACAUUUCCAACUUCUACAGAUCUAGUAGUUGGACCUGGGUUCAAAGAAGCAAUGUUACCCGGCGCACCUACAGACCCCGACUCUCCCCUUAGCGAGACAGACUUCCAGGGUCGAAAUCUACGGGAAAUCACAUUUGAAGGACCGCAAUCUCUCAAGAUCGGCCAAUUCAAUGCAUUCGAUUACUUCGGGGACGGAUCAUUCUAUCUACUGGAUAGCCCCGGCCACGCCAUCGGCCAUCUAUGCGGUCUAGCAAGAACGACCUCCAACCCUGACACCUUCGUUCUGCUCGGUGGUGACGUCUGUCACUAUGGAGGCAUUUUCCGACCAUCGAAGUAUCUACCAGUACCCGAUUCCAUUCACCCACACCCCUGUCAUCCACACGGUAAUGUCCCUUUCUGUCUUGGCGGGGCAUUUGAGGAGCUACAACAAUCGCGGGGCCGGAGUAUUGCCGAGCCCCUCUUUACCCCGACUUUUGGGCAUGAUAUUCCACAAAUAAUCGAGACGAUCGGGAAAUUACAGGAGGCUGACUGUAUGAAUAAUGUUUUUGUUAUUAUUGCGCAUGAUGCUACGGUGCGGGAUGGCGUAGAUCAUUUUCCAUUGAGUCUCAAUCGAUGGAAGGAAAAGGGAUGGGGGAAGGAUCUUAAAUGGGCAUUUUUGAGGGAUGCCGAGGCUUAUUGGAAGUCUAAAGGCGUGAUGUGA